UGGUAACGUUGUUUUCCCCACUUCAGGCGCUUGCGAAGGCUAGUGACCCAUACAUCACCCCGCAGACACAUUCAGACCCACCGACGCUCUGUUCGAGAGAUGUGUCUGAGUCCCUAGAGGAGUUACAGUCUGAGUGAUCAAGGAAGGACCCCAAAGAAUCUUGGGCGAUGAUCAGUAGAGGUCCUAAAGGUGAACAUUUCGUGGUAGAGGUCGAUGUAGAAGGCCGCAAAGUGGGUGCCUUCGCAGACAUAAGCUCUACACAAAAUUUCAUUAGUCGUGCUUGUAUGGAUAAACUGCGGUUAGGGGACCAAGUGCAGCGGCUUAGCAGAACUAUAGCUUCUACGCUAGCCAACAAGCACCAAAUGGUAGUCAAGGACUAUGUCAGGGACGUAGUCUCUACCUUCUCCUAUGGAGGACGGGAAGUGAGACACAGAAUCUCAUUCCUAGUCAACGACGAACUGCCCUUCGACCCUGCAGUGCAUGCACAGAUCGCCGAAUUGGGGAGGAAUUUUGCAGUAAUAAAGGAGCAUUUCGAUGCGGAACGUGCGAAACAAGAGAAGAAAGCCGAAAAGAAACGGAUGAUGGAGGAGGCGAAGAAACGUGAGGAAGAGGCCAAGCAACAAGAGGCCGAGGAGAAGGCGCGGCGGGAAAGGAAAGCGAUGAAAAAACGAGAGAAGGUGCACCAGGAGGCUGAGUAUAAAGCCGAGUUGAAGAAGGACUUAGGUAUCCAAGUGGCGGUCAUGAUGAACGAGAUGCAAGGUAACCUGGUCGACAAUUGGAGAAAUAUUGUGGGCGGGUCGCACUUGGCUCGCGACACUGAUAAAGGGAAGAAGAAAGUCGUGUUUGAAUCCGGCGACGAAGUGUCUGCCGAAGGCAGCGGAGGGGAAAGUGAGACUAGUGUAACUCAAGAAAUCAGGGAGAAAGCCGAAAGGCUUUGUUUAUCAAAGAAACGCAAACGCGGGCCUGACCCAGUAUUUGAGGGCAGCCCGCCGAUGGAGAAGACUCCAAAGAGGACAUUGAAACAGGGAACUUUGAAACCCACUAAGUUGUCGACCCGCAUGACUCGUUCGAAGGCGAGAAAGACUGUAAAGACACUUGGCUCUGCCAAGAGGCGUUCUCCUGUCAAGACUCCGCUGUCAAUGAGAAGGAAGACCUCGACCAGGGGGAAGUCUCCGAGCGGGAUUUUGACUCCAUCUUCAAAGGGCGCUCUUGCCAGGCUUCGGUUUAUGAACGCAGCCAUGAAGGAACUAAAAGACUUCGACGCUUUGGAACUGCAACGGAUUUGCAAGGAGGAAGGUAUCCACUAUGACAAGAAGGUGGACGCCAUCUUCGAUAUUGUCGAGCACCGCACAACACUCGCCUUUGAUAGCACAACCGAGCAUGAGCUUAAGGUCAUUCGUAUCACUGAAUCUGCGGAUGACGGGACCACAAGCGCUCAGCCUGAUGCGAUUGACGAGUGAAGAAGCUUGAGGUGUUCUCAACUCUGAAAUGUGUGUAGAUAUUUGACGAGCUUGCGCUGUAAAUCUUUGACUGUUGAUCACCAGAUUGA